GCGAGCGAGCCCGCCGCCGCCGCCGCACCGACCGUGCCAGCCCACUCUGCUAGCGACAUGGAGCACUUCAUAGAAACCGUUCGCAAGUACCCCUGCCUGUGGAACACUACCGCGAUCGAGUACCGCGACCAGGAGCUAAAGGACGCGGCCUGGGCCGAGGUCAUGAAGGAGACGGACUUGUCGUCAGUGAAAGAAGUCAAAUUGAAAUGGAAAAAGCUGCGGGACAGUUACCGCGACGCGCUCAAGAGGCAGAGCGAGAUGCUGGCCAAGGACCCUGCUAAUCCUGCCAAGAAGAACUAUCCCUGGAAGUACAUGGGGCUGAUGCAGUUCCUGCAGCCAUACAUGAGCAACCGCAAGAAGCCCGCGGGCUCGCCCAGCUACCCAGCGCCGCAGCAGGCAGCCGAGAACGGGCACUCGUCGUCCGAGUCGGAGUCCGAGGCCGAGUCAGCGCCCAAGCGCAAGAACUGCUCGCAGCUGACCGUGAUCGACCGCAAGCUGGACUACCUGUGCAAGGCUGCGGCUGCCAAGCGCUCGUGCCCCGACCUGGCCGCGCCCGCGCCCGCCGCCGCCGUCGCGCAUCCCGACCCCCUCGACAUCUUCUUCAACAGCAUGUGCCAAUCCACCAAACGCUUUCCCUUCCCGACGCAGAUCAAGAUAAAGAAGAGCCUGUUCAACGCCGUCAUCGAGGCGGAGGAGGCGCUGCUGGCGGAGCAGGCGAGCUACGCCAGCCUGUGGGCGCAGGAGGCGGGCUCCUCGUCCAGCAGCGAGCCCAGUGACGACGAGCGCAAGCCUUCCUGAGCGACGCCAACCACGGCACCGCCUCUCCAAUCUGCUGGCCGAGCGAGCCAGGCUCUGCUUGUGGCCCGAUACUUAUCUUUACUCUGACGUUUGCGAGUUUUCCCGGCGGACUAGUUAUGAGCGUGCCACCAUCUCAUGGACUGGGCAUGUGUGUAAAUAAUUAAAUCCUGCCUCCAAGCGAUUCCCGUCAUGUAAUGCAAUAU